AUGGAGGAACGAGACGGUGGAAGUGGCAUGACUUAUAUCGGAGGACUGGGCAAUGUGGCUAAAGUGUUGUUAUUGCUACUUAACAUGACAUUUAUGGUGGCUGGGUGCUUGUUGGUGUAUUUUAGCCACCGCGUCGAGACCUCGGGAUGGCUAGAAGUUUUUCAGGGAGACUAUGCAUGGAUAGGCUCGUCCACACUCAUCUUUAUGCUCAUUUUGGGUGCUGUGGUCAUUGCGCUUGCGGCACUUGGCUGUUUUGGCGCGCUACUUCAGCAAAAGCUGCUAUUGACUAUCUAUGCUAUUGUUUUGCUUCUCACGGCUAUUCUCUUCGUUGUGGUGGCCGUGGGUGCUUAUAUGGCCAAUUCAAAGGCCGACGACUGGGGAUCGAAGAAUUUUCCUGCCACUGAUAACGAGGCAUCAAUUGGAACAAAUUUCAAUGAGCUCUAUUGCUACGCACAGAUACCUUACUACUGUGAGGAUGCAUCUGUUAACACGGUGCUUACAAUGUUUAAUAUUUCGCUGUCCGGGUACUUCACCGAUUCAACGACCAACUUUACCAGCGUGUGUGAUACAGUGACUCUUGAUGCUAUAAAUGCAACCUGUGCCGUGUGCGACUUGAUUUCUGAGUAUAGCAAGUAUACGGUGGUGCUCGACUGGAUUGAAUCUUCUUGUCCUCGUUCAAGCACUAAUCAGAUUUGGUGUGGCGGCUUUCUGCUUAAUGCUACGGGUGCAAACGACAUGUCUAGUAGUGCCCCAUUCAUGGAAUGUCGUAACGUAUUUUAUGACCUCGUGGAGAGGUGGACUAAUGUCGUCAUGGUUGCUAGCUUCGUUUGUAUUAUUGCAGCUGUUAUGGUACUUGCCAUGACGGUCUUGCUAUGGAGGAACGUUCGUGGUGCAAAGCACAAGACGAUGGGACCCUCACCGGCACCUUUGUAUCAGUAUGUUGACCAUACUCCUGGACUCUCUCAGCGUAGUGAAGCAAUGACCAGCCAGAAUUUUAGUAUGCGCUCUAAUGUACCCUACAAUCCAAACGCAGCUCGUCGAGGGUACAAUUCACCUUAUUAG